AUGUCGAGCUUAGGCGCCGAAUUCGGCCGGAGCUUUGCCCGAGAAACAUGGACUCUCUACGGUGUUGGCAUGCUCGGUGUCGUGCUGCGAUUCAUAGCCCGUAUACGUCGACUCGGUAUUCAGAACCUCCAAUGGGACGACUAUGUUAUGGUGUUUGCCGUGAUAUGGUACACAAUUCUAUGCGUCGCCCUAAAUGCGGUUGCAUCGGGUGGAGGGUCGAAUCUCAUGACAGAUGAGGAUGUCAAAAACCUGACACCGGAGAUCUACGACGAAAGAGUCAAAGGAAGCAAAUGGGUCUUCGUCUCGGAGCACGCUUUCAUCCUCGCUAUAUGGUCAAUGAAGGCAUGCAUGUUGAUUAUCUAUGCUCGUAUCACAGAGGGAUUGCCUCAAAGGAAACUGGUUAACUACCUCGCCGUCUAUGUUGCUCUUGGGUUUAUUGCCGUCGAGUUGGCCCUCUUCCUUAUAUGCCGGCCGCUAUCAAACUAUUGGGCAGUGCCUACUCCAAACCCCCAAUGCUCUAACUACCAAUACUACGAAAUCGUCCAAGGAUGCGUGGCCAUCACGGCUGAUGUCGCCAUGCUUCUAAUCGGACUUCCACUUUUGAUGCAAGUCCGAGUACCUGUCAAGCAGAAGCUGAUUCUUCUGGUCAUUUUCGGAAUGGGAAUCUUCGUCAUCGUCGCCGCGAUCCUCACAAAAGUCUACUGCCUUGUCCCUUCCCUUAUUUCGUACGUCUACAUGAACUGGUACUUCCGAGAGACCACCGUCGCCAUUCUCGUCACCAAUCUACCUCUCAUCUGGUCUCUCCUUCGCGAUGUCUUCCCCGCUCUCAAGAGCUGGACUGGUGGUUCGAAACGAGGCACCAACCGCUACAGGUCGGGUGCCUGGAACAGCAACCCGUCUGGCCUCAAGAAUUACGGAACUGCUACCACUCACCUACGCUCGGGUGACGAUUUCCCCAUGCACAGCUAUAAUAGAAGCGUUGUCGUCACGCCGCAAAAGGAUAUGUCCGCGGUCAGCCUGGAGCAGACCGAUUCCCGCGGCCACAGCGACGACGGCUCGGAGCGAGCUUUGCAGAUUCGACAAGACGUCACAAUCGAAGUCAUGCGCGAGUCACGGCCACCAGACCACUACCACCAUCACGAGCCGCAGCCUUAA